AUGGAUCCGCAGCAACCGAACCAACCUCAUCAACUCCUUACCGACAAUAAUCCACCUUUCUCUUCCGUUCCUUCUAGGACUGCGAAUAGUACCCCGACUUCCUCCCCGGGCCUGUUCAGCCCUACGAACCCUCGUCCCAAUGCCUUCUUCCCCCAUUCCGCCUCCGAGGCUUCUACGCCGAUGGCUACCACGGCUAGUCCCUAUCUGCACCCGCUGCAGAAUCAUAGAGUCCGAGAGACACAUAAAGCCCUCGUUGACUUGAACCUAAUGACAGGACGAAAGAUCAUCAACCAAUAUGAAGUGAUAGAAGAACUUGGCCGGGGUGUACACGGCAAGGUGAAACUGGCCCGAAACUUGGAGACUGGAGAGAAUGUGGCGAUCAAGAUCAUCCCCAGGUUCUCUAAGAAGCGCCGCCUGGGGAAAGUUACUGCGUCUCCCCAGGACAAGACGAAACGAGAGAUUGCUAUCCUGAAAAAGAUCCGCCAUCCUAAUGUCGUCGCCCUUCUGGAAAUCAUCGACGAUCCGGAGUUAAAGAAGAUCUACAUGGUCUUGGAACAUGUCGAACUAGGAGAGGUUGUCUGGCGGAAGAAGGGAUUACCCUACAUCUGUAGCAUCGAGAGACGAAGGAUUGAGAAAGAAGUCCGAGGGGAACUGAGUACCGAAGAAGAAGAACGCUAUAUUCAGCUUCUCGAAAGACGGCAGGCUCUCAAUGACGUGAAGAGGGCAAAGAUGAUGCAGACUCAGAAGGGCCCGGAUGAUUUUUGGAGCAUCGAGUACGGCGCCGCAAACGAUGACGACUCCGAAGGCCAACCGCGCUCCUUAGGAAGAGCAGGGAGCGAGCUUAUCCGUUCAAACAGAAUAGCUUCAUCUAGGACUGGAUCAAGAGCCACCUCCCCGACUCGUUCGCACGCUCAAUCUGCACCUUCAGGUUCUCGCGCGGGUACACCAUUACCCUCGGAAUACGAUGCCUCUUCAGUUGGUAUAGACGGCGAAAGCGACAUCGAGACUCCUGGGCCCCUGCGUUCUCAUCCCGGAUCAUCAGCUGCACUAGAUAGGACCAUCGCUUCGGCGUUUCCUGAGGAUGCUAUGUUUCGUGGUCGAUCUCCGAGUAUGGCUGACUCUAUCAUUUCCCAUAUGUCAUCGGUUGAUUGUAACCAACAACCGCAUGACCCCUUCGCCGAUGACUAUUCCUAUGUUCCUUGCUUCACAAUCGAUCACGCCCGUGCUACUUUCAGGGAUACUGUGCUGGGAUUAGAAUAUUUACACUACGAAGGAGUAGUCCAUCGUGAUAUCAAGCCGGCCAACCUCUUAUGGACUCGAGACCAUAGAGUAAAAAUUUCCGACUUUGGUGUUUCCUAUUUUGGCCGACCGAUUCGUGAGGGUGAACCCGAUGAGCUCGUAUCGGAAUCCGAGGCUCGCGACUUCGAUGACGAUCUUGAAUUAGCCAAGACCGUUGGCACGCCUGCCUUCUUUGCACCAGAGCUAUGUUAUACGGACAUAAGCGAAGAACAACCGAAAAUCUCGGAACAAAUUGACGUAUGGUCUCUAGGAGUGACGCUCUACUGCCUAAUCUACGCCCGCAUCCCAUUCAUGGCCGAGGACGAAUUCCAGAUGUUUCACAAGAUCGCCAAGGAGGAUGUAUAUAUCCCACGCCGCCGACUUAAGCCGGUCGAUCCUCAGCAUUCCCCGUCGUCUAUGUCUUUAUACAAACGUGUUAACAGCGAGCCGUACCGCGACGAUAGUGUCCUUGCAUAUGAAGAGAUUGACGAUUUGCUAUACGACCUCUUACAUCGGAUGCUGACUAAGAAUCCGGAGAAACGGAUACGGUUAAGGGAGGUGAAGCGCCAUCCUUGGGUUGUGCAAGGUAUUCCUAACCUCAUUGCAUGGAUUGACGAGACAGACCCUUCGCGUCGCACUUCUGGUCGCAAAAUCGAAGUCGACGAACGAGAAAUCACUCGUGCUGUCGUUCCUCUUACGUUUCUGGAAAGGGCUCGCUCGGUUGUGAAGAAAACUAUCGGCAAGGUUAUGCACCCGCGUGCUGAGAGGACGGAAGGCCACUCGAGGAGAAGGGCAGCUAGCAGCGCUGCUAGUUCCGCAGGAGAUGUACCUUCGACUAUAGGUUCGACUAUAGGUUCGACAUCACACAUUCGAGAUGCUCGCCGAAAGAGUUUACGCCCCGAUGAUUAUUUUGCUACGGUCCGAGAAAGUGACCAUCCCCUAUCACAAAGUGUUAGUGUAACUCCUCAGGAGUCUCCGGUCCAUGAUGGACCGGAUUCUACCCAACGUGGGUCGGUUUUGGUAGGCGGAGAUUUUAGACGCAACCUAAGCGGCUCUAUCAGCGAUUUUAACGCGCAACCAGAUCUGGCAGGACCGCCGUCGACAUCGACUUCUUACUCGUCAAUCAAGGGCCAUUUGAGUCACGGUCGCGGGCACGGUCGGACAAGAUCGAUAACCAAUGCAAUCCUUGCUCUCGCACCUGGAAGAGACUCGCAUACCAUGCCGAAUUCUCCUGCACUUGAAACUUGCAUUAGAGAUGAUCCAAUUACUGCCUUGCGGAAGACCCGAGAUAUCGAUUCGACGGAUGAGUCAUCUCGAUCACGGUCGGUAGAUCGUGGAUUGUUUGGUUGUGCCGAUAAACGCGCUGAAGCUAAGGUUGCUUUAAGCACAGCUGUAGCCCCUGGCAAUAUGGAACUCCCCAGGCGUCCCCUUUCGGUCCACCCACCGGAAAUCAAAUCAUAUACUUUUCAUCGGGGAACUGCCUUGGCUUCUCCUAUGUUCUUUUCUUCUAGAGCUGUUGGUAAUUAUCAGCAUGGUCAGCCAAACUCAGACCCCAACAUGCAUGAAAAUCACAUGGGUACCGCAGAGUUAGAUAAACGGCCCGUGACUGCUCAUCGAGCCACACAAGUGGAAGGCCAUACCCAACCACUCAAGGUAUACGACCCGUCUACUCCAGAUUCUCUUGCCCGAAUUCAUGAACACGUGAUGCGCCGCCGACAAGAGGAUGAAGAACAAUCGAGACGUGAAGAGUUCGAACCUCACGAAGAUGAUACUACGCCCAUUCCCUAUCCUUCUUCACCAGAAGACGAACUAAGCCUAGAACAUACCCAACCACCAUCUAGGGAAGAUACUGGAACCGCUGGGACAUCAGCUUCAGCAUCAACUGGCACGCUGAUGACACCUCUGACCAGCCCGAGCGAGUCGACAAGUCCAGUCGGCCUCGGGAGUUUACCAGGUCAGGGCGAAGAUUCACCCGUCUUCCGCUCAGACCCAUCGCUUCCGGCGCUGCUCAGCGGCGCUAGCUCUAUAUCUGCUGAUGCCGAAGGAGAAUUCCUUUUAAGGCCAGGCUCUGUUGACCGACCUUCCCUUAUUGAUACUACCGACUCAUUAACCCCACCUGCUCUUACAAAGGAGCCGAUCUCAGGGUUUCCUUUGGAAGACGAUGAACAUUUCCAAACGCUAUUACUUCCUCAGCCCCAGCGUUCCUUCGCCACAUCAUCCCUCCUAACCACAAGAGCAGUCGAUGAUGACGACGGUAGCGAUAGCGAUGAAGGUCUCGUAAUGAAGCCUAAGAAGCGGAAUCCUGUUAAAGACCACACCAGCUCGCCGCUAGGAAGAACAUUAUCAAGUGCAAAGAGACGUGAUACGCAAACAAGCAUCGGUAGCACAGAAACUGCCAAAAAGAUACUCAUGCACAGUCAAUAA